CCCGAGUCAUCGCCAGGAAUAAACCUCCGACAACAGCAGCCUGCCCGGCCUGAAUCAUCCCGCCGCUGCUGGGAACAUGAGCCAGCCCAUGACUCCUCUCGGAUGCUCUAUAUAAGUCCAGGAAAACAACAGGCGCUCGCAAAGCUCACGGGCUGGAUUUGAUCAAAGUCGGGAACGACCUGGGAGGGAUUUCAGCGAGGGAGCACCGCAGUUAUGUCACAGCCAGCCCCUGUGAAAAAGAAGCGUCCUCCAGUGAAGGAAGAAGACCUCAAAGGAGCCAGAGGAAACCUUGCCAAAAACCAAGAAAUUAAAUCCAAAACCUACCAAGUGAUGAGGCAGUGUGAACAAAUGGGCUCCGCAGCACCUUCCGUAUUCAGCGGGGCUCGGACAGGGGGUGAAACAGUCUUUGAGAAACCAAAGGAUGAGCCAGCCAAGAGCGUCUUUGGCUGACAGUGGAGCUGGACGUGACUCACCAAAAUGAUUGUUGUAACAUUUUUCAAAAUUUCUGUUCCUUGCACUAAAAUCACUGUCGACUCAAGUAGCUAAUUUCCACCGUAAGUCCUUAAGUAGGGAAUAUACUCAUGUCAAAGAGUAAAACUUCCAUGUUCAUUUUUAUUACAUGCUUUCUUUCUAUGUAUUGGACAAUGUUUGCUAUAAUUGUUUAAUAAAAAACGGUUGUUGGACUCAA